UUAUUAAUAUUAAUAUAUUAAGAUACUUUGUUUUCUUUAAAGUAAAAAAAAAAUCCUAGGCCUGUCCAACGUCGAGUUUAAGACAAUUAGAUUAAUUUAGAUACACUUAGCAAUGGGCAGUUUAGAUAAGGCUUGCAUAGCAGGAUUUUUGUGUCGCUUAUGUUCGGAAAUGCACAGAACAGUUAUUCACAUAUAUGGUGAUAAGGGAAGAAGCUUAGGAUUAGCACAAAAGAUAAAUGACUAUUUACCUGUAACAAUCACACCAACCGAUCCACUACCAAAAACAAUAUGUGAAUCUUGUAUGGGUCGAGUUGAACAACAUCAUGAUCUAAUGGUUAAAAUGACUAAGAGCCGGGUACACUUUGCACAACUGCGACAGGUUCGAAUGCAAUUGCAUAGAUAUUCCCAAUCAACAAACAGUCAAAGUGAAGCUUCAUCUGUUGAAAUCAGCAAUAGAGUGCCAACGAAUGAAGUUAGGAGAACGUCACAAUCACAUAACAAUGAUAAUCAAAUAAAUGAUGACGAUGAUGAUGAUGCUAGUAGUAAUGAUUCGGAUGAAAAUAUAUAGUUUAAAAUGUAAAAAAAAAAUAA